AUGACAUCAAAUUGCACAAAGCAUAAUAAAACAAUUAGGUAUAUUUGCUAUAAAUGCAAUGAACUGAUGUGUUCAUUAUGCAUGUUUGAUCAUUACAAACAAAAACUAGAUCAUUCUACUCAUUGUGAACAUAUCAAUCAAAUUAAACACUCAUUAAAUAAUAUGUUUUUGAACAAUGAGAUAUUAGAUGAUAAUAUUAACAAUAAUAAUAAUGAAGAUAAUAGUAGUACAUUCAUCAACACACAACUUAAAUCGAUAUGGGAAUCAUUAAAAUCAACUACAUCUCGAUAUCAAUCAUUAUCAGCAACAGAGAAUGAGGUUAAACAACACUUUGAACAAUUACAUCAAUAUCUAAUCAUUGAAGAACAUAAACUAAAGAAAGAUAUUAUCAAUGAUAAAGAUACAAUCAUUAAUCAAAUAGAUAAUAAUAUAAAUCAUUUGAAAUAUUUAGUUAAUAUUAUAAAUACAAAUCAUAAAUUAAAUAAUAAUAAUACCGAAACAAAAGAUAAUAGUCAGUCAAAGAUAUCAGAUACAACAACAGACUAUUCUCCAACAACAAUAAUGAAAUCAAUCACAGCAAGUUCAUCAUUACAAUCAUUCAUCUCAGAUAAUAAUCAAACAUUAUUCAAUGAACAUCAUGAUCCAUUUAAUUAUGAUGAACUUAUCAAACUACACAACAAUGAUUCAUCAUCAUUAUUAUUGGAUAUCAUUCAUAAAUAUAAUAAUCAAUUCAAUAAAACAACUGAAAUCACUGAUAAUUAUAAUUUUUCCUAUAUACUAUCAAUAAAACAGCUUGAUUUCAACCAAUUGAAUUCAAUUAUCAAUCAGUCAGUCAAACUUGAAAAGAUUAAAUCAUCAAUAACAACAAAAAGCAACAACCUAUUAUCAUCAGUUUCAACAAAAACAAGCAAUGAUAAAGCAUCAUAUAUUUUCACAACACACAAUAAAAAAGGAGCAACACUUAUCAACACAACAAACAACAAUUCAGUCGAACAAUUAGAAUUAGAUUAUGAUUUUAGCAGUACAUACCAAUCGAUUGUUUCAAUUGGCGAAUAUAUCUAUGUAUUCGGUGGUGAGAACAAUACAAACAAAUGGAUGAAAUUCUCAAUUAAAUCGAAAUCAAUUGAACAUAUUGGUGAUAUCGAAGGUAUUGAGGGUGAUUAUUAUAUAUCAGUUUGUUAUGAUGGUCAAGAUCAUAUCUAUUUGGUUAAUGGUUGUUAUAAUAAUAGAAUCGAUCGAUUCAACAUCAAUACAAUGAGGUUUGAAAGAUAUUAUCAAUUAUCUGAUGAAUAUGGUGAACAAGUAUCAACAAUGAUCUUCAAAGGUUCAUUAUAUUCUAUACCAUACGGUCAAACUAAUAUGAUUAAAUUUGAUCUGGCAAAUAAAACAAUAACAAAUCAUCAUCAAAUCUACCAUGAACCAUACACAGCAUGUCAUGAUAACAAUGGAAAUUUCUUUAUAUACAAUUAUCAUAACAACCAAGUCAUAAAAUACAAUGUUGAAGCUCAACAAAUAAUCAAUCUCAAUCCGAUUCCGACCAAAAAAGAAGGUGUUUAUUUGAUGUAUCACCGGGAAUCAUCAACAUCAAGCUUUCUAUAUUUGUUUUCUGGAGUUGGUAAUUACAAAUAUUCAAUUGAAAAGGACAAAUGGAAAUCAUUCUUGAAAGAUGAUAAAUGUUUAAGAGCAUGGUGUGCAUCUACCACAAUAACAAAUUAA